AUGGCCGAGUCACGAGAGUACGACCCCGAGAUCAAGGACAUUGCUUCCUACGUCCAAAACUACAAAGUCGACUCCGACCUUGCUUUCGACACAGCACGAUGGGUUUUCCUCGACACUCUGGGCUGCGGUCUUGAGGGCCUGCGCUUCAAGGAGUGCGCCAAGUUGCUGGGACCUAUCGUCCCUGGCACCGUCGUCCCCAAUGGCCCCAAGGUCCCUGGAACAGACUUCCAGCUGGACCCCGUCAACGCUGCUUUCAACAUUGGUGCCAUGAUCCGCUGGCUCGACUACAACGACUGCUGGCUUGCUGCUGAAUGGGGUCACCCCUCAGACAAUUUGGGUGCCAUCCUCGCCGUUGCCGAUUGGAUCACCCGUACCAACAAGGCUGGCGGUAACAUUGCUGGCGGCAAGCAGUUCACCAUCCGUGAUGUUCUCGAGGGCAUGAUCAAGGCCCACGAGAUUCAAGGCUGCCUGGCCCUGCUGAACUCGUACAACAGGGUCGGUCUGGACCAUGUUGUCCUCGUCAAGGUUGCCAGCACUGCUGUUGUCUCCAAGAUGCUCGGCCUCAACGAGAAGCAGAUCGCCGACGCCGUCACCCAGGCCUGGGUUGACGGUCAGAGCUUGAGAACUUACCGCCACUCUCCCAACACCAUGUCCCGCAAGUCCUGGGCUGCCGGUGAUGCUUGCCAGCGUGCCGUCAACCUGGCCCUCAAGGUCAUGAAGGGCGAGCAAGGCAUCCCCACUGUCCUCUCUGCCCCCGUCUGGGGUUUCUACGAUGUCCUCUUCAAGGGCAACAAGUUUGAGUUCCAGCGCCCGUACGGCAGCUAUGUCAUGGAGAACGUCCUCUUCAAGGUGUCCUACCCUGCCGAGUUCCACUCCCAGACUGCUGUUGAGGCGUCAUCCAAGAUCCACCAAAAGCUUAAGUCGAUGGGCAAGUCCGCCGCCGACAUCAAGGGCGUCACCUGCCGCACACACGAGGCCUGCAUCCGCAUUAUCGACAAGCAGUUCAAGCCCAUGGACAACUUCGCCGACCGUGACCACUGCAUCCAGUACAUGGCCUCUGUCAUGCUCGUCUUUGGCCGUCUCGAGGCUACCGACUACGUCGACGGCAGCGAGGCCGCGACAUCCCCCCUCGUCGAGUCUCUGCGCCAGAAGAUCAAGUGUGUCGAAGACCCGCAGUACACCAAGGACUACCACGACCCCGCUCUCCGCACCAUUUCCAACGCGUUGACGGUCGAGCUGAACGACGGAACCGUGCUCGAGGAGGUUGUCGUCGAGGCGCCUCUCGGACACCGCCUGAGAAGAGAGGAGGCCAAGCCUGAGAUCCUGAAGAAGUACAAGAGACACUUGGAGCCUCACUUCGAUGCUACCAAGGUCAAGCAGCUUGUCGAUCUUGGCUUGGACCCCAAGAAGCUGGAGGCCACUCCUGUGGAUGAGUAUGUUGACCUGUACGUCAACAAGAACAGCAAGUUCGUCUAG